CAGGGACACCCUGAUGAAGAUCGUCGAGUUCAAACGCGCGACUGUUGCCAGUUGACCCGCUCGUGCCUAUCGAUAGUGGACUGCUGCGCCUCCCAUUGUGGACAUGGACCCCCCAGUUUCAGGGAAAUCGGGUGUCUUUGUUGGCAUGCAAUGUUUCAGGAACUUGAAAAUGCCAUGAUGUGUUGUAACGUUUCGACACCACGGCAUCAGAUUCCCAAUCGUUCUUGAACUUCAAUUACUCGAUACACUCUCUUCACUCCGUUCUUUCUUUCGAGAAGCUAUCGAAUCUCAAUAGUUUUAAUUCGAGGUCACAGUCUGCCUCCAGGGACACUUUGACCGUGACACCCUCCAGACACCCAUUCCUUUCAGUCAACACUUCACGUCGAACAGAAGCCCGUGGUACAAACCCCUCGAACUUGCCUGCUCUGAGACCGCCUCCUUCCAGAAUUCCCUCAAACCAUACUCUCCUUUCCCACCGUCUCAGUCAAUCUAUCUUCUCUCUUUCUUUACGCUCUCUGCUUCUCAUAAAGUACAUCCGGUUCCCUUACGACGAAGUGUCGACCACGGGACUACAUGGUGCAAGAACUGCAGUGAAGAAGAAAAACCAACAGCAGGUUGAGUUGCAGCGACAAGAAAAAGGAGACUCGGUUCAGCGAAGACAACCAGCACAAUGGGGGUAUCGAGGAUACUUGGGCGACAAAUCAGUGACAACGAUACGGGCGACGACUCUGACAAUGGCUAUUGGUGGUACUCUCCUACCGCCGAUGCCAUCAAAUGGGCUGUGGUCGCAGCUAUCGUCCUGGCCUUCUCCUUCUACUUUCUAGCAGGACACAUGCAUGCCAGACGAAGGAUGCAGAAGGGCUUGCCGCCUCUGGCUUACCAUCGGUGGCUCGUCUCGCGCCGCCAAAAGGUUGCCUUUCUGCAACAACACCCGCAGUAUGCGAAUCAAUUCGCGUUCUACCGGGCACAGCAAGAACGAGUAGGCCCUUAUGGUAGCUAUUCGUAUGCUCCCGGGUCUGGACAGGCAUAUCAGAUGGGUGGAAUGUACGGGCCGCCUCCACCUGCGUAUCACGAACCAGAGUACGUCCCAGCAUACACUCCUCCGCAAGAAAAUGGACCGAACAAAGUCAAUCCGGAUCAACGCUUCGACCCUCCGAGCGGACCUCCCCCGAACGGACCUCCUGCGGCUCCUGCCAACGUCGUGGCGGAACCAACUCAGCCAGAGCCGGCAAGAGUCGCACCUUGAGGUGCGGGAACCGUGACUUGCACCAGAUUAGGUGGCUCGACACCGCUUUCGACCACAUUCUCCAAGCUGGCAAUCGAUUUAGAUUGGGGUAUCGUCUUGUGCAUUACCACCUUCUGCCUCUGGGAUGACGGGAGGCCAAUAGAACAUCGCUUUCAACAUUGUGUAUGAGAUUAUCAACCACAACUUACAGAGUUCCGCACACGCAUGAUCGCGCCAUGGGAAAUCAAACCCCAACGAGGUCGCACGGCUUGCAGAGCUUACAAAAUCGAACCGCACUCCAUAAGGGACAUGAAGAUCAGUUUGUAUCAUGCUAUGAUGCAUAGCUACAUGGCCACAUCCAAAAAGCGCAUGACGCAUCUAUGGAGUCGGACAAUGUAUCGUCUUGCUACAAGACACCAAAUGCAAUACAGAUUGCGCUCCAUAAGACUUGAGCUCGAACAAUUAUCAGAGGGACUUGACUCUUCCCUCCCAACCUCUA